AUGUAUUCUCACGGACUAAACGACGAGGGAAUUCUGGAGUGCCUUUUCGCAGAUAUUCCUUCAGAUCCCGACUCACAGAUCGACACUAGUAGUGACAGUGAAAGUGAUGUGCUAGCUGAAGACAGUGAUCUGGAUUUGCGAAUGAAAACACCUUUUUUAUCUCAAAUUAUUUCGGAAAGUGAGAGUAAGGACCAUUUUGACAAUGACGGUGAUGAUAGUUUAAGCACUAAUGACGAUUUGCCACUGUCUUCCAUUGCGAAUUUUUCAUGGACGAUGGACGUCAGUGCAAUGAACUUUGCUGGGAAUUUUUCAGAGGAAGCUGGUGUACGAGGAAAACUUAAAAAUGACAGUGAAGAACACUUAGUUUUCCAGUCCAACCUGUACACAACACAGAAAGGUGGCAUUUUCAGGCCUCUUUCUAAAGCAGAACUAAAAGUAUUUUUGGCUAUAAACAUUCUAAUGGGAAUCAAGAAACCUUGUUCUUAUCGUGACUGCUGGUCAUCCCAUAAGGAACUUCGAGAUGAGUACAUUUCCUCACUAAUAUGGGUAAAAAGGUUCAGCUGGAUUUUGACACAUGUUCACAUCAAUAACAACGCUGUUAUGCCUUCAAGGGAGAGCAGAAAUUAUGACAAAUUAUAUAAAAUCCAUCCAUUAAUCAAUCAGAUACUGAUAAACUUCAAAGAAUUCUAUGCACCUACUAAGGAGCAAGCUAUAGACGAAUGCAUGGUAAAGUUCAAAGGACGAAUCGCAUUCAAACAAUAUAUGCCCCAAAAGCCAAUCAAGAGGGGAUACAAAAUCUGGAUCACAGCUGAUAAGCUUGGAUAUAUUUGUGGUUUUCAGAUAUAUACUGGAAAAGUUGAAGGCAUAGUGGAAAAAGCCUUAGGAGAGAGAAUUGUGAGAGAUAUGUGUAAAGGCUUGGAAGGAAAGGGAUACCACAUAUACUUUGAUAAUUUUUUUACCAGUGUCUCACUUUUACAGAAGCUAAAAGAUGACGGACUUUUUGCCUGUGGAACAAUUAGAUCACACAGAAAAGGACUUCCUACGCUAAAAACUGACAAAUAG